GGUGACUCUAUACUUGGCUCACAAAUCCACCUCAGCCACAGUCAGUCGACGGCCAGCCACGGAUCAGAUCGCUGAUCUCAACGCACUUCGGGACAAAUUGAUCUUUUCAACUCACUCCUCAAGCGCUCGCCAAUCAUCCUCGUGAAACACAUACUUGAAACGCGAUCGUGUGGUGAAGAAAAAAAAAAGAAUGAAUUACUUAACAGUCCUUUUAGUGGUUGCUUUUAGUGUUUUAGGCACUUAUGGCGCCCCAACAACGUGUCCUGAGCCCUUCGGAGAACAGGCUUACGCCCAUCCUGAGCACUGCGACCAGUUCUUCCUCUGCACCAACGGCACCCUAACGCUGGAGACUUGUGAGAACGGGCUGCUGUUCGAUGGCAAGGGUCACGUGUACAAUCACUGCAACUACAACUGGGCCGUCGACUGUGGCGUCCGCAAACACGACCCCACGCCACUCUCGUCUCCCGGCUGUGAGUAUCGCUUCGGCAUCUAUCCGGAUACGGAUCAAUGCUCCACGACGUAUGUCAAGUGCGCUCACGGAGAGCCUCACCUGAAGCCAUGCGACGACGGGCUGGUGUAUGACGAUCGCAUCCACGGAUGCAACUGGCCAGAUCAGCUGCUGGAGAAGUGCGACCCAACCGCCGUUGUGGGCUUCGUCUGUCCCGCUCACGUGCCAUCCCAUAGUGCCGCUGCCCGAUUCUGGCCUUUCCCACGAUUCCCCGUGGCCGGAGACUGCCACCGGCUCAUCACCUGCGUCGAGGGCCAUCCGCGUCUCAUCACGUGCGGCGAGGACAAGGUCUUCGACAAGAACACCCUCACAUGCGAGGAGGACAUCCCAUGCGUUCCCUAGACAGCUUCCCGCCACCAAUUCUUGCCUUCAAAGAGGAAAGAAAAAUACUCAAGAUUAGAAGAAAGACACCAAAACGUCAGAGAAAGGGAAAUUCGUUACCAUUUCACGUAAAAGUGAACUUUCAUGUACAUAACACAACACUAUUUUCUUCGCAAUUCGCCACAAUGUUACUUUUCCCUGUAGAAGCGGAGAAGCCAGCUUUUUCGGACGCCCCGGCACGAAAGUGCGCCGCCGAGAGUCCAAUAAACUAUUGCAAUAUCACCAAUUCAUUGCUCCCGUUUUGCCGCCACUUUUCCUCAUACAGUGAAAAUACACACAACUUCUCGUUUUCUUUUACAAACACACCUCUUUUUUCCUCUUCCAACUCACACGAACAUCUUUCCUCUUAUACCACCCUCGAGCAUGCAUAAUAGGGCAAGAGUGAGAAAAAAUACUCAUAAUUAAGUGUCUGAUAAUUCCGUACAUACAAGAUGCAUUUAAUCACGUUCAUUGAAGCGUUUCAAAUAUUCUUGCUGGACUCUGUAGGAGGUGUGAUUUCUCCAGAAAAUGAUUGCUAAAUCAAUCCCAAUCACAUAGAAAAAAAAGUGUACUCAAGAGAGAAAUAUUGUAUUUUUCUUCAUUAAAAUUAUACGAUUGAGCUAAACAUAA